CUCAGAUCGAACCUUGUUUCCAACCCAUCCUUUCUCUCGCGUCACGCCAUGAUGCUUGCUCUGCUACCUUUGUCCUGCUUCAGCCACAAAUCGGCCCUUCCACCAAUCCAUCCGUGCCCCUACAUUUUGACACCUUGCCAGCGCCCUGCGGGCCAUGUCCAUCCUUCCAUUCACCCUCGAGUUUCUCCAAGGUUCGAGCUUGGUUCCCGGAUGCCACCCUUUUGUGGCUCCGCUUUCUCAAGACCUUUCCCAAUGAUUUCAUGAUAACUUAUCCUUGACUGCAUCGACACCCAGCAGAAUUAGUCUCGUCAGCCAUGUUCCUCCUGCACCAUUGGUCCCUCGCCCCUCAACUCGUGGAUGGCAUACGAAUCUAGGUACUCUCUGCCUCUACGCCCAUCCUGGCCGAUCACAUCCACUACCUGAGAAGGCUACUGCUCUGCCAUUUGUCGCCAGCUGAUUAGCUACGAUCAUUGACUCGUCACUGAGCGCCCCUCCUGUCAAUCUCUGUCUUCUUUUGCGAGUCCUUCACGAUUCGCACUUUCCAUAGGCUCGGCCCCCAAGUCUCUGUUGCCAGGUGCCCCUGUUCUCCUCAGACACUUCCAUAAAUCCACCGCUCAGCCUGCAAGAGAAGCUUCUCGUCGACACAGCUUCUACGCCUUCUUCUCGCACGCCUGGGUAUCGGUUGGAAGUCUUGAGGUUGCAAGGCCAUCGCUCGAGUCAUAUUCAGAUCUCACAGUCCGGUAUUCGCCUGAAGACAGGGCUAUUUCAUAAGCGAAUAAGGCUCUGGCAUUGCAGCUGGCCCAAUGACCGCCCAUCGUGUCCUGAUAUACUUGUUGCGACGAGACCUCCGACUUUCAGAUAAUCCCGUCUUCCACGAGAUCCAUCAGCUUUCCCAACAGGCACAAAGGCCCUUCACUCACGUUCUCCCUGUGUAUGUUUUUGCCGCCCAGCAGGUUGAGGUCUCUGGGUUUCUCUCUGAACCUGGCGCCAAGUCACCGUUUCCCGAGGCUCGUUCAGAGGUGGGAAAGUUCUGGAGAUGUGGACCUCCCAGAGCCAGAUUCCUCGCCGAGUCGAUUUGGGAUCUCAAAUCUCAACUCGAAGGUGUGGGUAGUGGCCUCUGUAUCCGCGUCGGCCUUUUAGGCCGAGUUGUCGAAGACAUUCUGGACCAGUUCCGUCAAGCUGAGGACGUGUCUGUUUCGGCGGUAUGGAUGACAGAGGAGGAAGGGGUGGAGGAGAAGCGAGAGGAGCGGGACGUGCGCAAAGCUGUUGAGAAGUUCGGGGCAAGUUUCCGAUUGUGGCUGGACGAGAAAUACUUCAUCGAUGACCGAGAUUUGCCAUUCGAUAAGCCCUCUGAUCUUCCGGAUGUCUUCACGAGCUACCGGAAGUCGGUAGAGCCGUUAAGAGAUGCGCCACGAAAAACCCUCCCUCCACCACCAUUGUUGCCGCCGCCACCAAAUUUCACGCCGUUGCAGUCCCGUCCGUUCUCGAUACCUGACACAUUCGAGACAUUGGAAGCGGCGCUGAUGAAACCGUUGAUGGCCAGCCCUCCUCUCUCCAAGCCACCCCCUUUCCCGUCUUCAGGAGUCGCCUCUGCUCAUCCUUUCCAUGGGGGCACUGCGGAAGGACUGAAACGCCUACAAUUCCUCGUUCAAUCGGGAGCCAUGACUAGAUACAAAGAUACACGCAACGGCCUGUUAGGAACAGAUUUCUCCACCAAACUUUCCGCUUGGCUGGCGCUCGGUUGCAUCACCGCGCGCCAGGUACACUUCCAACUGCUGGCCUUCGAGGACGGCCGGGAUGACCGAUUUCAGGGCACUGAAGGCUACGGGAAAGGUGAGAACUCAGGCACUGCUGCUGUGCGCUUUGAGCUCUUAUGGCGAGACUAUAUGCGGCUGUCUGCACGCAAAUUUGGGUAUCGGUUAUUUAGGCUCGAGGGGUUCCGGAACGACCGCUCUUACCCUUGGAAGACACCUGGCAGCAAAGGAAGCGGCCCAGAAGCGGCGGAGAUGUUGGACCGAUUUCUGCGUGGCACAACGGGGACAUCCUUCAUCGACGCCAGUCAGCGGGAACUCUUCCACACGGGCUACACAAGCAACCGAGCACGACAAAACGUGGCGAGCUUCUUGGCCAAGCACUUGGGCAUGAAUUGGAAGUUGGGAGCCGAGUGGUAUGAAUGCAUGCUGACCGACUACGACGUCAGCUCCAACUGGGGCAACUGGCAAUACGUGGCUGGGGUGGGGAAUGAUCCUCGAGGCGAAGCCAGGGUGUUCAAUCCCAUCAAACAAGGCUGUGACUACGAUCCCCAAGGUGAGUAUUGCAAGGCUUGGGUGCCAGAGCUGCGCGGUCUGAAGGACGCGCAGGAAAUAUUCCAGCCAUGGAAAGUGAGCAAGGAAAGGAGGGCCGAGUUAGGGCUCGAUGGGCUCGACACGGUUGAGCGACCACUCAAGAGGAUUGACUUCAAGGUGGGCGGCAAAGGUAAAGGCGGCGGCAGUGGCAGCGGCAGUGGAGGUGGCCGGUAUGGAGGGAGUUGUCGAGGAAGAGCCAACGGUGGAGGAGAGAGGGGCCGAGGGCGAGGCAGCGCUCAUUUUGUGGCAAGGGGAGGGUAUCGCGGGCGAGGGAAGAGUGAUGCAGGUCGCGAGCAAGGUCGUCAGGGGAGAGAAUAGAGGGCAAGGCCGGUCAAGUGAAGGGGAUGGGCGUUGGAGGAUACUGCCAGGGGAGAUGUAUCUCGGUAUCUAACAGUUCUUUGAUUUAUGAUUUCUCCAGACCUGGGUGGGAAUAGGGAUGAGGACAGAUGCCAUUGGAUGGACGGGGACUUCGGGGGGGAUGUGUUGUCUCUGGACCGGUAUCAGUUCUUCACGUCUGUGUAUCGGCAGCAGCCUGUUGUCGCCAGCGUCGUCAUCACCAUCAUCAUGAACGAAGGAAUGCUCCGACGGUGGCAUGGGACAACCAAUUGGACCGUCGGGGAUAUUGACCAGUGACUGGAGGUGGAUUUGCUGACUUUGGACACAAGCGAGCAGACUAAUAUGAGGACGUGGACAAGGGCAGUAUUCGGCAGAGUCGACAUAACGAGUAAUAACAUUAACCCGC